UAAUUGCUGACGUCACUCUCUCCGCUUGACUAAAAGAUGGAAGGAGGUGAAGGAGAAAGUAGCAGCACCGCCGCCGCAGGAGUUGUCCCGGAGUCAGCUAUGGAGGCUGUGAAACAAACACUAGCCCAACUCCAGGAACUGAAACCGCAGCUCGAGAAGAUGAUGUCUUUAGCUAAACCAGAGGCUCUCGACCAAAUGCAGCCACUGCAGAGGGCUAAGACUAUGUACUUGCUCGCCGAAGCCACCACAACGAUGUUCACUCUGAGGCUAAGGUGUAGUGGUGUGAACCCUGAUGAUCAUCGAGUGAAAUCUGAAAUUGAGAGGCUAAACGUGUACAGAGAGAAGUUACAGCAGUGUAUGGAUCGAAGUAAAGAACCAUUGCGUCCGACUACAGUCUUAAACCGUCAGGCAGCAACCCGUUUCAUCGAACACUCUCUGCCUGAUCUUUCAUCUGCUCAAAAGCAGAACAUAAUAGACCUCAGUAAAGGAGAGAAAUCAAGGAUGACCUAUUCAGAAACAACUGCGAAAAAGAGGAAGUACCAAGCAGAUGAGAAACAAUCUGUUCAGCCAGAAGAAGGAUAGUUAGGAUUGAUGCUGUUUGAUAUAAUAUAUAUAUAUAUAUAUAUAUCAUGUGGUAAUGUUCUCUUGGCCAAGUAAUAAACGAUAGUUAGGGAUGGAUGCUGUUUGAUGUACUAAUAUUGCAUUGUGUGUGGGUUUAGUAA